AUGGCCACAACGACCAACGAAACCUCCAAGCACGGCACACGAGUGUACACAGACUACGAUGUCUCCUCACCACCACAUCUCCCAGGUCCAGACUUUGUGCGCUUCAUCCUGAUCUCCGACUCUCAUUCCCAAACAACACUCAUCCCUGACGGAGACGUCCUGCUCCAUGCUGGAGACCUAACAACUCUCGGGCAACCCUGCGACCUCUCCUCUCAAGUCGAAUGGCUGAAGUCUCUACCGCAUAAACAGAAGAUCUUCGUCUGCGGAAACCACGAUUUCUCCGCAUGCACAUCGAAGAACUUCUACGAAACAAGGGGCAGAGAGCUCAACGCAAAGUACAAGGUGAAAGAUGCUAAAGAUGAUGUUGAGCAGGUGAAGAGGGUUCUGAGCCAGGAGAGCCUGGGAGAGCGGUUGAAGUAUUUGGAGGAUGAUGCAUUCGAGUUUAGUGUGGAUAGAGAGGAGACUAGGCACCAUUUGUGGAAGGUUUGGGGGAGUCCGUGGUCACCAGAGUUCGAAGAUUGGGCUUGGAACUAUGCUCGUGGGGAAGAAGCCAAGCAGGUCCAUUCGGCGAUUCCAAGCGACGUCGACCUACUCAUAACCCAUACACCACCUCACAAACUCGGCAGACUUGAUGCUAUCCACGAUGGCACGCCCGUUGGCUGCGAAGAGCUUACUCGAAGACUCACCGCACCCGCCUCCUCACCCGAUGCUCUGCAACCACUGCUACAUGUUUUUGGCCAUAUACACGAAGCUCGUGGUGUGCAUCUCUUGAAGCAUGGAGAGGAUGAGGGAGCGAAAGAGACGGUGCUGGUCAACGCUGCGUUGGUGGAAUACGAUCAGGACAAAUGGAACAAGCACCGCAUAUUCACAUACGAUGUCGUUUGCAAACCUGUGAUUGUGGACUUGUGCGUUCCUGCUCCACCGUCGCUGUGUAUUGUGAAGGACUGGCCUCUGAUAAGCUCCAGGGAUGCGGAGGUUUAG